AUGCCGGAGUGCGAUAUUCUCGUUGUGGGUGCCGGUUGCUUUGGACUUUCGACCGCACUACAUCUUCGGCGAAGAAAUAUGGGCAAAGUUAUUCUUCUCGACCGCGAGCCGUUACCCUACUCAGAUGCCGCUUCGCAAGACUCUUCGAGGAUCAUUCGUGCAGAUUAUCCCGAUCCUUUCCAUGCAAAACUCGGACUCGAAGCGAUAGAACAGUGGCGCCACGAUUCAACUUUCAGUCCUGCCUACCAUCAGUCGGGAUUUCUUGUCGCUGACAUGCCAGGAGGGACCUUUGUGCGCAAGUCACUUCAAACACAAAAGCAACUUGGUCACCAGAAUGUUCGGAUGAUGGAUUUUUCAAAUAUAAAGAGUAAAUGGCCCGGAUUAUCUGGAAGUUUAGAUAAUGGUUGGGACCUAUACUACAAUCCAGAGGCAGGCUGGGCCAAUGCACGACAAGCAAUGCUCUCAGCUCUGAGCGAGUUCCGGGCCCGAGGAGGUGAAUUUAUCAGCGGACCGCCAGGGGCUUUGGAAACUCUUCUUUUCAAAGACACAGAGUCAGUACCGAAAGUUGUAGGAGUUCGUACAGUCGAUGGCACGUCCUACCAUGCUCCCAAGGUUGUCCUUGCGACAGGUGCACAUGUCAUCAAGCAUGUCAAAGCAGGCUCUAUGGUUGCAUCAAUCGGGUGGUGUGUGGCACACUGGCGGCUGACCCCAGAUCAGCAGGCAGUAUGGGCCAAUCAUCCUGUCGUCAACCUUCAUAACCAUGGCUACUUCUUUCCUCCAGAUUCCACUGGAUUGAUGAAGAUGGGCUGGGGCAUCAUCUCAUACACCAAUGCGGCUGGGCCAUGGCUGAGUGUAGGUAUUCCAACAGAAGCUGAACACGGCAUCCGCCACAUAUUGAGAAUGGUGGCACCGAGUCUUGAGCAUAAAGAAUUCUUUGAUAUGAAAAUAUGCUGGGACGGGAUGGUGGGGGAUCGCCACUUCUUGAUAUCCCGUGUACCUUCCUACGACGGACUCGUCGUUGCUUGUGGUGGCUCGGGCCAUGGGUUCAAGUUUCUGCCUAUUAUAGGCAGAUAUGUCGCAGACUUGAUCGAGAGCAAACUGGAUAGUGAGUACGAACAACGAUGGGCUUGGAGAGAGCAGCAUAUUGAGGCCUUGACAGGGGCGAUGAAAGGAAGAUUGGUCAAGGAGUUGGCGGAUGUCGUCCUCGGAGCGCGUCUGUAG